AUGGACUCGCAACUCUACCGCUGUGACAAUUUUACCUGGGUGGAGAGCGGGAGCUCCUCAGCGAUCAGCGGCACGCUUUUUGCUGCUGGGUUACUGGGCAAUGUACUGGCCCUGAUAUUAUUGACUAGGUCCGGAUUACGGUCCUGCUCUCCCGGCUCUCCUCCCUCAGUCUUUUACAUUCUGGUAUGUGGUCUGGCUGUUACAGAUCUUCUGGGCAAAUGCUUCUUGAGCCCUAUGGUGUUGGCCACCUACACACAGAAUCGGACCCUGAAGGAAUUGGUUCCAGGCUCCAGAAAUGUGCUGUGCCAAGUUUUUGCCUUCUUUAUGGUAUUUUUCGGGCUUGGGUCCAUGCUUCAGCUAUUGGUGAUGUCUCUGGAAUACUGGCUGUCACUAGGAUAUCCGUUCUUCUACCGACGACAUAUCACUCUGCCCAGAGGGGCGCUGGUGACGCCUGCGAUAGGAGUAUUUUGCCUCUUUUUCUGCUCCCUGCCGCUGGUGGGCUUUGGAAAGUACGUACAGUACUGCCCAGGAACUUGGUGUUUCAUACAGAUGGCAAGUGAGCAGCAGUCUUUGUCAGUGAUAGGCUAUUCGAUUCUGUAUGCUUCGUUAAUGGCGAUGCUCGUCUUGGCCACGGUACUAUGCAACCUAAAUACCAUGUGGAAUCUCUAUGGAAUGCACCAGCGGCUCUCCCAGCCUCCUCGCUCUGUGUCUAAGGAUUUAGCUGGAUUCAGAGGAAGACAGGAGUCAACUCAGGCCCUGCAGCCUCUUGAGGCAUUGGACCACUUUUUGCUACUGGCAGUCAUGACAGUGCUCUUUACCAUUUGUUCUUUGCCCGUCAUUAUUCGUGCCUAUUUUGGAGCAUUUACAGUUGGCAAUAAUAGAAAUGUUACACUGGAAGAAAGAGAAGACCUCAGAGCCUUGAGAUUUCUAUCUGUAAAUUCAAUUGUGGAUCCUUGGUUUUUCAUCAUUUGCAGGACAUCAGUAUUUCGUCUUUUUUUCCGCAAGCUUUUUAGAAGGUCUCUUAUUAAUGGAAAUUAUUGCAACUACAAUUCUUGCAGAAAAGAUACUGAAUCCAACUAGUGACAUCAUAUGCAUAUUUACAAGGUCCUCUAAAAACAGAACCUUCCAAAGAAUGAGAAAAGCAAAAGAAAAGAGAGAUUAAAUCUGAAGGAGUAACAGUGUUGGAGAGAGUUAUGAAGAAAUGUCUCAACACAACAGAAAGAGAAAUGGUAAUACCUAAAGGAAGAUGGCACCCUUUGAGUGGAGGGAUACAGACCUAGAGAGGAGAUAACACAAGCUACAUAAAGAAGAAUGUUGAGAGCAGAACAAAAAGUCAAAUUGGAUGGUACAAUUUAGGAUACAGUAAUUUCUACCAUAAAGCAUUCCUUCUAUCCAAAUUACUUACUUCAUUAAUGGAGAGAAUAAAGCACUACAAAGAGAGA